AUCCAGUGAUAUCAUCCAAAGUUCUGAGCUCCUCCUCUUGACUUAAAAAAAAAAAAAAGUUUCACAUUUCUGUACUUCCUCUUCCCACCCACCACAUUCCCAAAACAUCCCCACAUUGCUUCUCCCCAUGAAGAACUGUAAGGAUACUGUAAGGACCUAAAGCAAGCUUCCCCACCAUGGAUGACAGUGCGGCAACAACACCCACCACCACCACGGAGAUACCAAGAGGACAACAACAAGGAAAGCAUAAUGACAACAAAAAUGUGGUGAUACCCAGCAAACCUCUUCAUCGCUUUGUCGAAAAGGAGCCCCAAAGUCUCGGUAUUGUCAUUGUCAUCUGCGGCUGUGCAGAGGUCAUGAUGGGAUUCGUCCUGGUCAGUGAACGUAGGACAAACUCCACCAUGCUCUACAUCCCUUUCUGGCAGGGCGCUCUGUUUCUCAUCUGUGGACUCCUGUCCAUCUACACGGGAGCACGUCCGUCAAAGAGGAUGGUGACGGUUUGUUUGGCCAUGUAUGUGAUCUCCAUCCUGGGAAUCAUCGUGUCUUUCGGAUACAGGAUAUCCUGCUUUUCAUACUAUCGCUAUGUGUGGUUGUAUGCGGGACCGUCUGAGGAUGAAAUGUGGAGCGACAGGAGAUUGCAUGAAAUUUUUGGCGUUGAAUCCAUUUUGUUUUCGUGCUCGCUGUGCGUGUCGGUGCUUCUCAUCUUCUUGUCCGUGGUCGCACGCCUGGCUCUUAAAUCCACAAACACUCAGGUCAUUUUCCAGCGAGUUCCAACGCAGCAGUGACACAACCGUAAUUAUGGAUCCCUUGCACUUCACGAUCGUUCAUCUGUAGGGUUUAGCGUACACUCGCAUUACAGUGUUAGCAAAGCGUGCUCCGUGUUCAGUAUUCAUUUAAAUAUGUUAAGCAUUGUGGCAUACUUGAGUUAUACAUGAGUUUGCACUGUAUUACAUUCUUGUAUUGGCAUGAAGGAGUAGAGAGGAGCUUUGCACCAAUGCAAACUUUAAUCAACAUAGUAAAUAUAUUGUUAAAUGACUUUCCAAAGGGCAGCUUUUGUACGUAUUAGACACUAUUAGGCAGCAAAGGUAAGAAAAUAGAAAUGUUUUCAUGUAUUCAUGGAAGAACCACUAACCUGUCGCCGUCAAAUGUUUGCACUAAUAUCUCGUAUAUGUACGUAUUAACACCACUAACCACAAAGCUACAAAUAACCUAACACUCAUCGUAACAUAUUGUGUGUGUGUGUGUGAGGCGAGCCAACCCUGGAGAGGGGCUGCAGCUUGAGAAAAAUCAAGAAAAGCUUUUUUCAUACCUGCAAAGCUCAUGUUAGUAAUGUUUGAUUUUAGGUCCAACACGGAGUAAUCUGGGAUGAGCUGAUUUUUCUUUUUUUUUUUUUUUCUUAAUAUUUUUAGGGCAGCAGGGUGGUCGAGUGGUUAGCGUUCAGACCUCACCUUAGCGUUCAAUUCCACCCUCGGCCAUCUCUGUCCGGUUUCCUCCCACAUUAAAAAAAAAACAUGCUAGGUUAAUUAGCGACUCCAAAUUGGGGUCGACCCUGCCUCUCGCCCGAAGGCAGCUGGGAUAGGCUCCAGCACCCCCGUGACCCGCGUGAGGAUAGGUGGUAGAAAAUGGUGGUAGAAUGAAUGAAUGAGUUCUCCUCCUAUUUUGUGUGGAAGUGGGAACUUUUUGGCUUCUUAUGUUCUCCCCGUGCAUGUGUGGGUUUUCUCCGGGUACUCCGGUUUCCUCCCACAUUCCAAAAAAAACAUGCUAGGUUAAUUAGCCACUCCAAAUUGUCCAUAGGUAUGAAUGUGAGUGUGAAUGGUUGUUUGUCUAUAUGUGCCCUGUGAUUGGCUGGCCACCAGUCCAGGGUGUACCUCGCCUCUCGCCCGAAGACAGCUGGGAUAGGCUCCAGCACCCCUGCGACCCUUGUGAGGGUAAGUGGUCGAAAAUGAAUGAAUGAGUUCUCCUCCUAUUUUGUGUGGAAGUGGUAACUUUUUGGCUUCUUAUUUUGUCUUUCCCCACCCUCGGCCAUCUCUGUGUGGAGUUUGCAUGUUCUCCCCGUGCAUGCGUGGUUUUUCUCCGGGUAUUCCGGUUUCCUUCCACAUUCUGAAAAAAACAUGCUAGGUUAAUUAGCGACUCCAAAUUGUCCAUAAGUAUGAAUGUGAGUGUGAAUGGUUGUUUGUCUAUAUGUGCCCUGUGAUUAGAAGACCACAUCCUGUAAAUAAACCAACCAAUCCCAGGCUACAUUUGCAUUCAUAGCAUCUUAUGAUCAGUGUGAUGCUGCUUGAUUUUUACCGUCCUGUCACAAGUCAGGUAUGGCCUGAGGCAGAAUCACAGCUAUGUUAAUACGUAGAUAGAAUGUGAAGUCCGCAACUGUGAUCAUCUUUUUAUCUGUGAAUGUGUCCUUGGGAGCACUUUUGUAAGGGUCUAGUUUUAGCUUUCCUGUGCAAUAAAUGUUCAUGUUGACGUUUGAUUACACGCAAUGCAUCUCUUUUGUGCGUUCGGUAUACACAAAUAAAUCAGCACCACACAUUUGGUCACUUAAAUGUAUUUCAGUGAGGCAGCAAAACAGCAGUUUAUUCCGGAAUCUUCCUCAAAGGUUGUCUGUCCGUGUUUGUGGUCGUUUUUGGUCCGUGCGCAGGAUGGCUUAAGUUAAUAGACGUAGUUGCUGGUGUGCAGAGACUGCAUGGAGGCCUGAUCGGCCGAGCCUGUGGCCUUGUACUCUCCUUUGGCAGCCAGGCCGUUGAUCUGAGAGGGGAGAGUCACAUCUAAGCGUUAAUCAUCAGCCAUGUUAACGAGACAAAUCAUUAACCCGGUCAGAGUAAAGUUGGUGAAUGCGAGAUAAGACCGGAUUGAUCCAUUUAUUGCCUUACCUUGGCACGAUUGCAGAAAGUUUCCUGUGCGGCGGCCUUGUUGGCGGCUUUGCCCUGCCAGGCCGCAAGUGUGGACGCUUGCAGUGCGCGGCCGUAUGAGAAAGUGAGCUUCCACGGGCGUUCAAGCGGCACCCGGUUGAUGGCGUUCAAAUUAAGCGACGCCUCCUCUUCGCUUUGACCACCAGACAGGAAGCAAAUGCCUGCAAAUUCGGCGGAAAUUAGAUUAGGUUUUCUUAACAACGUCGCUGCCUUUUUAGAUGUUUGAAACUACCUGGAACGGCCGCUGGAACCGUGCGCCUCAGAGCGGUCACGGUAGCCAUAGCGACCUCCUGAGGGGUGAACUUCUUAGCGCAGGAGUGUCCGGCGGUGACCAUGUUGGGUUUGAGCAACGUGCCCUCCAGGUACACGUGGUGGUCGGACAGAGCCUUGUACACGGCAGCCAGCACCUGAAGUAGUACACGCGUAUCUUUAAUAAAAGUCUUCUCUUUGGAGAACUUCAUCAAAACCUACCUUCUCUGUGACAUACUGGCAUCUCUGCAGGUCAUGGUCUCCGUCGGGGAGGAUCUCUGGCUCCACGAUGGGCACCAGGCCGUUCUGAUAGAAGAAGAAAAUUUUAUUUGUGGCUCGAUUAUGCAAAGACUACUACUUAUUUAUAUGUGAGCGCGUACCUGUUGGCAGAUACUAGCGUAUCUCGCCAGCACGUUGGCGUUUUCGGCGAUGGCGAGAGCCGAGGGGCAGCUCUCUGAGAUCUUGAGCACGCACCUCCACUUGGCAAAGUCGCAGCCGUCUUUCUUGUACUGAGCGCAGCGCUCCGACAGGCCGUCAAGACCUGGAGCGAGACAGCGAAACGUUGAAUACGGUAAAGGAAGCAUCCAGCCGGGGGUUGAGAUGUUACCUUGCGUGGUCGUCUCGCCGUCCGUUCCGUUCAAACCCGCUGUGCCUUUGUCCACCUGAAGCAGGAGACGGAUAUUACCUUUACUAUUUUACCUUGACUCAGUGAAUUCUGCCUGGCAACAAACUCGUAGACUAUUUACAGUAUGUACCUUAAUGCCCACAACAAUACCCUGUUCCUCGAUGACUUUGGGGAAGGGCUUGCCCUUGUCUGACUUCUGGUACAGCGUCUCGUGGAACAGGAUAACCCCGCCUAUGGACUUUGAGAUGCAGUCCCCGGCCGAGAACAGGAGGUCACGGAAACAGCGACGGUUUUCCUCGUUGUUCUCCACGUUGAUCUUCUGGAGACGCUUCCCCAUGGUACCUUUUUUUUAGAAUGGGAACGCGUAUUUAGUGACAAUAUCUCUUCUCUAAAUGACAUAGUGGUCCAUGUCAACUAACCGGUGGACUCGUCUGCCGCCAGGAUCCCUUUCCCUGUGGCCACAAUCCGCUGGGCAAUCUCUGCCAGUUCUUUCUUCUUCUCCGGAGACAGAGAUGGGAAUUGCUGAGCCAUCCUAAAGGGGAGAAACAGGUUAUUUAAGAAGGGAGUCUUUGCAGAAAGUAUGAGGAAGAUGUUUUUUCCCUGAUCGCUGACUGCCUGUGUUGCAUCACCUCUGUAAAUAUUUGACUUGUGCACGGUUCAACUUUUAGCCUUCAGUGUAAAAAAAAAUGGUAGAUGCAUGGUAGAUUAUACACAAAGGCGGGGGAUUUCAUGUUUUCACUGGCUUACUGCAUUCCCAAAAUAAAACGUUCAGUAAGCAAAUAGAAAUCCGUACAUGAACUCGUCGAGCAAGUUCAGCCCGCAUUAUUAAAUAACUUUUUCUCUCAAGAUCUGACCCCCCCCCCCCCCCCAAAAAAAAAAAAUAACUUACUUGACAGUGGGAUCGAACUGUGGCGGAGAGGUAGAUGCGUAUUGAUCACACGGAGUACGGGGGGGACCAGAGGAGGCACUAAAGUCCUAUUUAAGACAGAGAAGGAGGUGCUGUAUGUGCUGUGAUGUGGCGGGGCGUGCCUCACCCCGGGCAACGCUAUUGGGCCAAAGCGGACAGACAAUGGGCGGGGCUUAGGACCGAUAAGCGAUGCUUUGUGGACUUUAGGUUGUCGUCAGGGCCUGCGGGCAGGAGUUAGAAUCGUCAAAACGGUACACAGUGCGUCAUGUGACGGAGGCAGUGUCGCAACUCGGGUUUUUUGGGUUUGUUGAUUUGUUGGGAAAGGACAUUUAUAAGGGGAUUCGUUCAUAACAAGGAACUUUGCAAAGGGACAAACAGCGACAUCUGGUGGGGUACUGGAGAAUUGCAACUAGGGCGAGGGCCACUUAUUUUUUUUUAUACUUUAUUUUUAUUUAUUUAUUUUUAUUUUUAUAUUGUGUAUAUAUAAUAUAUAUAUAUUAUAUUUUUAUAAAUUUUAUUUAUUUAUAUUUUCUUUUUAAAACAAAACAACAACAAACACUCAAAACAUACACAGCACACAAUUUGGCUAUCUCUUUGGCUAUUUCUACUUACAAUAUCCUCAUAUAUUUUUACUCAGAAUAUUAUGAUUUAAUUCCCUUAAUAUUUUAACCUUUUCUCCAAAAAUGACUACAAUUCUUUGGGGGGGUUUCUGAUUGUAUUUUUUAAAUGUGCCAAAUACUGGUAAAAUUCCCCCCUAUGGGCUUUAGAGACCCGUGUGUUAAAUUAUAAACAAGCGAUGUUAUUUAAUGUGACCCAAUGUUAAGCAAAUUCGAAAUAAACCAAUAAACCCAGUGCACAAAGCAUUAAAGGCGUGCUUGGACGUGUUGGCUGUGGAAAAACAACACACUGACUGCAACCAAUAUUAUGCGGCAGGCCCUCAGGCAUCAUUUGUUCCUUCUUCUAUGAUGUCCCAUUAUCACUAGAAUUGCUCAACUUAUCGUUAAACAUUAUUUUGCAUCAGUUUGUUUAUCAUUGCACGCACAAAGUGUUGUGUUUUUGGUUACACAGACGGCAGGGGUCACUGAUACCCCCUUUCCACCCUCCCCCACUCAGUCCACAAGAUGACAUCAAUCAGUUUGAGUGUUUGAGUCUGUUUGUGCUUUUACACAAUAAGGACUAUGAACCGGGUGCAAUGUACCUUUUCAGUAUUGCUGAUCACAGUUCAGUCGAGGGUCCAGUCGUCGCUAUUAUGUAAGGACUGAGGGGGGAAAAAAGACAGUGCAGUUAAUUAUUGCACCCCGAACAGAGAGAAGUGCAGAAAGUAUAAUGUCUCAUGUGAAGCCAUGUUACAUUGUUUUUUUUUCCAUUUCAUAUUAGUUUCACAGUUUUGAUUUUGACAGUAUACAUAUAAGUGUAACUAAAAACA